AUGACACCAGUCAGCAAAUACUUAUUCAUCCAUAAGACCUCAUUCACUCCCAAGUCGGACAAGGUCAUGCAUCGGCCCCGACCCAAAACUUCUGACGCCAUUGUACCGAAACCUUCAGCUGACUCGCUCAACAAACCGUUCAAAUGCCCUAGAACAGCGUUACACACCCGCGCCUCUGAUAAACCGGUACGAAAAAGACGAAAGGUUAAUUACGCUGGAGCGGACGGAAAUGCAGAGGAUGGAGAGAAGCUAUGGACAAACGAAGAGCGUUUGGCCCUCGCCAACCGCGAUGCAAAUAGAUUCCCCGUAUUCAAAGUCAAGGAUAAGGACCAGAUAUUCAAGCAGCGAUUUUCGAUUCCACUGAUAAACAAAAACUCCGGUGCAUACAAUCCGAAUCGCCCCGCGCCCAUCCUUGGGAUGCGGAGUGGAACUACGUUCAUCGUUAAACCGCUGCAUGAUCCUAGCGGAGAAUUUGCAAUUGUGCUUUACGAUCCUACGAUUGAUGAUAAACCUGCGAAUCGUGAUGGGGGGGGGAGUGGGAAGCAAGCGGAAAACCCGGAUAUACCUAAGUUGGAUGCGCCUUUGGUGCACAAGAGUUUGGCGGAUAUCCUUGGGAUCAAAAAGAAGGUUGAAACGCGUCCGAGGAUUCCAGUUGUUAUCGAUCCUAGACUUGCGAAAGUAUUACGUCCGCAUCAAGUGGAGGGUGUGAAGUUUCUCUAUCGCUGUACAACGGGCAUGAUUGACCCGAAGGCAAAUGGGUGCAUUAUGGCAGAUGAAAUGGGAUUGGGGAAAACGCUCCAAUGUAUCACUUUGCUAUGGACUCUGCUUAAACAAUCCCCAGAGGCAGGUAAAACAACCAUUCAGAAGUGUGUGAUUGCCUGCCCAUCGACCCUCGUGAAGAAUUGGGCAAAUGAACUUGUCAAAUGGUUGGGUAAAGACGCAGUAACCCCUUUCGUUGUUGAUGGCAAAGCGACUAAAGCGGAACUUACAUCCCAACUCCGACAAUGGGCUAUUUCAUCCGGACGAGCAGUUGUCCGACCGGUGCUGAUCGUUUCUUAUGAAACACUGAGACUGAAUGUUGAUGAAAUUAAAGACACCCAAAUCGGAUUACUCUUAUGUGAUGAAGGUCACCGACUCAAAAAUGGUGACAGUCAAACAUUUACUGCUCUAAAUAGCUUAAAUGUCGACCGUCGAGUGAUCCUCUCCGGAACUCCAAUUCAGAACGACUUGUCUGAAUACUUCUCUCUGUUGAAUUUUGCCAAUCCCAACAUCCUUGGCACCCGAAGCGAAUUUCAUAAAAAAUUUGAAAUGCCAAUCCUCCGUGGUCGAGAUGCUGAUGGAACGGAUGAGGAUCGGAAGAAGGGCGAUGAAACCGUCGCCGAACUUUUGGCCAUUGUCAACAAAUUCAUUAUUCGACGGACCAACGACAUUCUGUCCAAGUACUUGCCUGUCAAGUACGAGCAUGUGGUGUUUUGCGGGUUGGCUCCGUUUCAAACAGACUUGUAUAAUUAUUUUAUUCAAAGCCCUGAUAUCAAGAGUUUACUUCGAGGUAAAGGAAGUCAGCCCCUAAAAGCUAUAGGCAUCUUGAAAAAGCUUUGCAACCACCCGGAUCUCCUGAACUUGGGCGCCGAUCUUCCCGGAUGUGAGCAGUUUUUCCCAGACGACUAUAUCCCUAUAGAGUCCCGUGGGCGGGAUCGUGAUGUGAGAUCUUGGUAUUCUGGUAAAAUGAUGGUCUUGGAUCGCAUGCUUGCUCGAAUUCGACAAGAUACCAAUGACAAGAUUGUUUUGAUCAGUAAUUACACGCAAACUCUUGAUCUUUUUGAACGACUCUGCCGGUCACGUCAAUAUGGAUGUCUGCGAUUGGAUGGCUCGAUGAAUGUGACCAAGAGACAAAAGUUGGUUGAUAAAUUUAACGACCCUGAAGGGGAGGAAUUUGUCUUUUUGCUAAGUAGUAAGGCAGGCGGGUGCGGCAUCAACUUAAUUGGGGCCAAUCGCCUGGUCUUGUUCGAUCCUGACUGGAACCCGGCCGCAGAUCAACAGGCCCUCGCUCGAGUGUGGCGUGAUGGACAGAAGAAAGACUGUUUCGUUUACCGAUUCAUCGCAACGGGUACCAUCGAGGAAAAGAUAUUCCAGAGACAAUCUCACAAGCAAUCAUUGUCUUCGUGCGUCGUUGACUCUGCUGAGGAUGUCGAACGCCAUUUCAGUCUUGAUUCCCUUCGAGAACUAUUCCAGUUCAAACCAGGGACCCGGAGCGAUACGCAUGACACGUUCAAGUGCAAGCGAUGUGGACCCGAUGGAACCCAGCAUAUAAAAGCGCCCGCUAUGCUGUAUGGAGACACGAGCUCGUGGAAUCAUUUCGUCAAUGCCGGGGAGAAAGGACCCCUGGGCAAAAUCCAAGAUUUGUUAUUAAGACAGGAAGCCUCUGAGCGCGAUGUGACGGCCGUAUUCCAGUAUAUCAGCCAUUGA